AAGAUAUAUGAGUUUUAUUUUAUUAUAUGAUAUCCACAACUUCGUUUUGCUUUUGUUUGUAGAAGACAGUCAAGUAGGCACAUGUCACACAAUAUGGGGUAGGCCCAUCAGAUGUUCGCCGGCUAUACCUGUGGCUUUAUGUAUCUGCAUUUUUGACAUACUAAAAUAAAGAGCGCGGUUAAGAGAUGAGUGGCGAGCCUGAUAAAAACAAGGAAUUCUAUGAGCAGCUGCGCUUAGAAGAGCUCUAUGGAGAAAACCGUUCAGACCCUGACAAACCUUAUACUUAUGUUGACCCUGAAGAUGGGACAGUCUAUGACUGGGAUCAUGAUAAAAAGGCUUGGUUUCCAAAGAUAACAGAUGAUUUUAUUGCAGCUUAUCAGGCCAAUUAUGGUUUUAAUGAAGAUAGUUCUGCCAAUGCUUCUGGAUCAGCUGUGACCACGGAAUGCAACCCAACUCAGGAAAAGGAUUUUAAAGUUGCCCCAGCAGAGGGCGCAGAAAUUCAACAGCGUAAAGGAAAAGGAGAAAAGCGUAAACCAGAUCCAGGAUGGUUUGAUGUGGAUAAAGAGAAAAACACAAAUGUUUAUGUGUCAGGACUGCCUCCAGAUAUCACACCUGAUGAAUUUGCAGAAAUGAUGUCCAAAUGUGGGAUUAUCAUGCGUGAUCCAGUUACAGAGGAAUUCAAAGUAAAGCUUUAUAAAGAUGCCCAAGGAAAUCUGAAAGGGGAUGGUUUAUGCUGCUAUCUUAAGAAAGAAUCAGUUGAAUUGGCUGUGAAACUGAUAGAUGAAUCAGAAAUUCGAGGAUAUAAGCUACAUGUGGAGUCAGCACACUUUGAGCUCAAAGGAAAGUAUGAUGCCAGCAAGAAAAAGAAGAAGAAUAAGGAUUACAAAAAGAAACUCCAGCAGCAACAGAAACAACUUGACUGGAGGCCAGAGAAGAAACAAGGUGAAACUCGAUAUAGAUUUGAGCGAGUUGUGAUCAUCAGGAAUAUGUUUCAUCCUAAAGAUUUUGAGGAAGACCCAUUGGUUCUCAAUGAGAUCAGUGAAGAUCUAAGAACAGAAUGCGAGAAGUUUGGUCCAGUUAAAAAAGUUGUCAUCUUUGAUAGACAUCCAGAUGGUGUGGCUUCAGUAGCAUUUAAAGAGCCAGACCAGGCAGAUGGAUGUAAAUUGGCACUACAUGGUCGCUGGUUUGGAGGAAGGCAGCUAACUGCAGAACUGUGGGAUGGUGUGACAGAUUAUCAGGUUGAAGAAACAACUAGAGAGAGAGAGGAGCGACUGAAAGGUUGGACAUCAUUCCUUGAAAGUGACGUUAAAGAAUCUAGUACAGAUAGUUCCCAUACGUCUAAAGUAGAAACCCUGGCUACACCCAUGAAAAGUGAAGAAUUACAUACCAACAAGAAGGAUCCAUCAUUAUUAAAAGGUUCAGAUCUGGACAAUGGUAACAAAGAAGAAAAAGCACAAGGAAAUGGUGAAAAUAUUUUGUUAACACAUGGUGCAGAUUCUACAGAUAGCAGUCUGGCUGGGAGUGAGGAUGAGCCAGAUGAGGAAACAUCUUAAGACCUAAAGGAAUAUUUAAGAAGGAUUAUUAGUACCUGGCUUGAAGAAAAAGGUGAUAGAAAUGUCUUAAGGAGAUUGUUGUUCUUAAUUUAAUAUUGCAAAGCAAUGAACUGCUAAACUAGGAAAACAGCUGCAGUUAAAAGUGAAGCCUAAAGUGCGCUGCAGAACAGAAAUGCACUUCUCUGUUUCUGUGGGUGUUAUUUCUUUUGCUGUUAAUGAGCAAUUUGAUCAUUGUAGUUAACAUUGUAAUGUUAUCAAUUGGAGUUUGAGUUGUAUUUUAUACAUUUCUAAAAGUGUCAGUGGGAAUUGAAAUAUAUUUCCUGUGUCUAAGGAGGCUACUGAAAAGACCACAUCAGUCUCUCUUUUUGAUCAUUGGGUAAGUAUCAUAAACUAGAAGUCGAAGGAACCAUUUUAUUUUUUAAUUAACCUGAUUCAACAAAGCAUUGAGGCUUAAACUACUUCCUGAGAGUAUACAGUUUAUACUAUUAUUUUUUUUCUUUGUUGUUUUAAUAUGUCAAUUAUAAAUCCACAUGCUGGGUUUUAUUAAAAAAAAAAAUUAACAUAAAUGAAUAACUUCACAUCACUUCUAGGUCAUGUGUGACAAAGGCUCAGUAAAUAUACAUCAUGAAAUACCAUAGUGUUUUUUAACUUUUAUGGUAGCUAUUAAAAACUUAGCCAGUACUUGAAUUGUUUUCCAUUGUUAGAUUAUUUUCACAGUGUUGUAACAGUGCAUUAGAUUAACAAAAUGCUUUAUAUAUCUAAUGUUUUGCGUAUUUUAAAAAUGUAUGCUCAACAAAUUAGCUAGACCAGUACAGUGGUGCAGUUCUUAGAGCUGUUGCUUCACAAAGUUAGGUGACUGGCUUCAAAUCCCCUCUUGGACAUUAUUUAUGUCAAAUUUACAUGUUAUCCUCAUGUGUACAUUGUUUUUUCCUGGGUAUUUCAUUUUUCUUUUUAUAUGCUGAAAGGUGCAUAAUACAUUAAUUGCCCUACA